CUGUUUGCAAACAGGAAGUGCUCCAGUCUGUCCUCCGACUGCCUGCGCGCUAUGGAAGCGUAUGAACAGGUCCAAAAGGGACCUCUGAAGCUGAAAGGCGUCGCGGAGCUCGGCGUAACGAAGCGAAAGAAGAAGAAGAAGGACAAGGACAAGGCGAAGCUUCUGGAAGCUAUGGGAACUAGCAAGAAGAGCGAGGAGGAGAAGAGGCGCUGUCUGGACAAGCGGACCCCGGCGCAGGCGGCCUUCGAGAAGAUGCAGGAGAAGCGGCAAAUGGAAAGAAUCCUGAAGAAAGCAUCUAAAACCCACAAACAGAGAGUAGAGGACUUCAACAGACACCUGGACACUCUCACAGAGCACUACGAUAUCCCCAAAGUCAGCUGGACCAAGUAGCCGCCUGUGGGGCAGCUUCCAGGAAAGCAAGAGGCCACUUUGGCCAUCUUGCUCCCUUUGGUGUUUUGGGAAACAAGUCUUCUACACACAUACACAUGCAUCCUCUGCUGAGCCCAGACCUGAAAUUGUGUCCUUGUUUUGGAAUUUGAUUAAAAUAAGGCUGUUCUUUUACUCAGUCUUGGUUUAGGUGUAGACUAGAAAUUCUGGGCUGGAGUCCUUUCUGUAUGAGGGCUGUGUAAGGAGGAUUUUAUCCCCAAGUAUAUCCCACAUGCUUAGGCCAGCAGCUGUCUACACUUGGACAAUGUGGUAGACUACAAAGGACAGGCUGGGGCUGGAGAGAUUGCUCAGCAGUUAAGGUGCUUGCUUGCAAAGCCUAAGGACCUGGGUUCAAAUCCGCAGUACCCACGUAAAGCCAGAUGUAUAAGGUGGCACAUGCAUCUGGAGGACAGGCUGCUCAGGCCAGCAGGCCUGGAACAUGUGGACACUGCCAGACUUCCCCAGGAGGCUUUGGACACAACCAGGGCAGAUUGCCAGCACAAGUGGGGGCAAUGAAAUGGGAGAAAUGUGGAACUGAAACUGGAGAGUUGGGAUGUUUAAGGGUCUCCAUGGAGCACAUGAAGAUCAAACUGCUUAUCUAUCAUUGGGAGAAGCAGGCCCUGUGGCUAUAGAUACUGAGAGAACAAAAUCAAGGAAGUCCAAGUGCGGGCCACUGUCCUGUACCUGCAAAGUAAAGCAAAAGUCUAUCAUUAA